AUGAGUGGAAUACGGCCGAUUUUCUAUGCAUAUGAACCAGAGCUAGCGAGCUCUGGGUCAGAGUAUUCAUCUGAAGCGGAGUCUUCUGCUAGGAGCGAUGCCGAUAGAGACCUUGCUUGCCCAUUUGAUGAGCUUAUUGAAGAAGGGAUGUUGCGAUGUCAAUGGUUAGAAUAUGCCGAUGAGUCGAGCUGCCCGAUUGAACAAUCCACGCUAACCUACGAAGAUUUGAUGGAAAUCUUACCGAGUAUAAGGCAUACGAAUGCAGAUAGCCGCAUCAAACAAGAACUUGCUGACAUGGAGGGUCACGCCUCCGCAAUUCCUGAUGACCUUCGAACACUAAUUCAAAAGACUCACCCCGGAACAUCUCAUCGCGUCGUACUUUCAAAUUACGAUACGCGUGGCCUUGUAUGGACUGGACUAAUCGGCCCAGGAGUUAUGAUGAUCGACCUCUUCAACAGGAAGAGGAACAGUGCCGCCUUGCAUGUUUCCGAAGUAUCUCGAGCAGUUUAUCGUCAUUUCUAUCCAUUGCAGUUCCUCAGAUAUAUCUUCAUAUUGGGCGUUGUAAAUGAGCAAACAAUUUCUUGUAUUAAGGAUGAUCUCUACGGCGCCAACGGGGAUGAUAACUUGCCAGCAGGAUGGCCGAGUGGUAGUUGUUUACAGGAGUGGAAUCAUAGCACCCCGCAGUUUUACGCCUUGAUGGGCACCAGAAUCGGCAAGACAGUUGUCUCGAUCUUGCUAAGUGCGUUCCCUCGAGGCACUCGGCGAGUUGGAAAAAUCGCUACCUGGCCGUGUGGAUCCGCUGCUAAUAUACGAUUUGAUCUGGAUGUUUUUGUGCCUGCUGACAAUUAG